AUGGAUCGCGCAGAUAGUGACCUUCGCUAUUAUCUCCAAUACGGAAAAUGUCCCGAGAAACGUUGGUUCGGCUGCUUGUCAAGCGUUGUGCGCUAUAUUCAUUCUUUGGAUAUUCGGCAUCAAGACAUCAAACCGGAGAACAUUUUGAUUAAAGAAGGGCGAAUCUUGUUGGCUGAUUUCGGCUUAUCGCGAAAUGGUAUAGGGAAAAAGAAGCAAUCCCAUUUCCAGUGGAUACGGGAGUACUGCGCCCCCGAAGUGGAAAACGGUGCUUCCUGUGGUCUACCAGCAGAUAUUUUUUCCCUAGGAGCUGUUUUCCUUGAGAUGCUAGUCGCCCGGGAUUGUCCCGGUCGGUUCGAAGACCUCGAGAAUAUUUUGAAAUUCCCCUCUGAUGGAACGCUAUCUUACGCCAAAAACAUUGACACUGUCCAUUUGUGGAUCGAGGAGAAUCUUCGCCCUCUCGGCUGGCAAGACAAUGACGAGAUUCGCUCCAAAUGCCGUGAAAUGCUUCGAUCUGAUCCCUGUCAGCGCCCUUCAGCUAAGGACCUAAUUAGAUCCUGGUUACUGCUAUCGGCUUCAGACGAGUGCAAGGCCUGCAAGUGUGCUGAAGAUAUGGUUACACAAGUAUAG